AUGGGUGCCAGCGAUGAAAUCUACAAUUCGGUCAUCUCCCAUGCACAUAUUACGAAAGCCGCAAAUGCUUUGAAUACACCACCAGUUGCGACUCCGCCCCGCACCUCAACCCCACCCCCAGCGAUCGAGAAGAGGAAGCCGGACAAGAGAACGCUUGAGAACAAUAUGUCGCGGGGUGAACGGGCAACCGGCACUCCUACAGCGGAGUCGAUCGAUCCGAAUGCUCUGAGUAAAGCUCUGCUAAAGGAGUUUGAGGAUGCGGGGAGUGGCAGACAUCGAGAAACAACACCUGGGGGAAGUCCAAGUCGGAAGCGCCAACGGGUAUAUGGUGACAGAUUUAUUCCAAAUCGAGAAGGGCAGGAUCUACAAGCCAGCUUUAGUCUACUCCAUGACGAAGGUUCUCCAGCGACGCCGUCAAAGCAGAAGAAACGAACCCCUCACGGAGAGCUUCAUUUUCAAAAAAGUAUGUUGUAUGCACAUUAUCCAAGUUCGUAUCUAAUCAAUGGUGUAGCCGAAGAAGCAAAUCGGACAUUCUCCACUCUACUCCGGUCUGAAAUUUUUGACACCACUAUCCCACAACCUACACCCCCAAACCUCUCACCGGACACCACUUUACUCCCCUCUUCACACUCCACUACAAGUCAUGACCCUACAAGAUCCCGAACGCCACCUAAUAAUGGGUCUAAUUCAUCACUUCCUGUCUCCUUGACGCCCUCAACCCCCCACAAGAACCUAUUUACAUAUAUGUCACCCCGGCACCACACCAAUAUUCCUGGACAUCCUACACCGUCGAGGACGCCCCAAAGUAGACAUGGCCCCAAUUUAAAUGCGAGGUCAGAGAUGUAUAGCCUAUCGCCGGUUCGAUUCGGCAGCCAACAGAUGUUGCUGACGCCUCGAAAACAACCUCGCGCAGUCAGCAAAGUUCCCUAUAAAGUGCUCGAUGCACCAGAUCUGGCGGAUGACUUUUAUCUUAAUCUAGUGGAUUGGGGAAGCACUAAUAUACUUGGGGUCGGGCUGGGCAGCUGCGUCUACAUGUGGAACUCGCAAACCGGACGAGUAAACAAGCUCUGCGAAUUACAAGACGAUACAGUUACGAGUGUCUCCUGGAUCCAGCGAGGGUCGCACAUUGCAAUUGGUACAGGCAAAGGUCUUGUUCAAAUUUGGGAUGCCGAGCGAGUACGAAGGCUCCGAACUAUGACUGGCCACACAGCACGUGUUGGCUCCCUCGCUUGGAACGAUCAUAUCCUCACUUCUGGAUCACGGGAUCGACUAAUCUACCAUCGAGAUGUUCGAGCACCUGAUCAAUGGCUUCGAAAGCUAGUCGGCCAUAAGCAAGAAGUCUGUGGUCUGAGAUGGAAUUGCGAAGAUGGGCAAUUAGCUUCUGGUGGUAACGACAAUAAGCUCAUGGUAUGGGACAAGCUUAAUGAAACCCCCCUGUGGAAGUUCAGCGAGCAUACCGCAGCCGUGAAAGCCAUUGCAUGGUCACCACAUCAAAGAGGGCUGCUGGCAUCCGGAGGAGGAACUGCUGAUAGACGUAUCAUCUUCCACGACACACUUCGAGGCACCACAAUUAACGAGAUCGACACUGGCUCCCAAGUUUGUAACCUUGCUUGGUCAAAGAACUCAAAUGAGAUUGUCUCGACGCAUGGCUACUCACAAAACCAAAUUGUGGUCUGGAAAUACCCAAGCAUGACGCAAGUCGUGAGCUUGACCGGCCACACCUAUCGAGUGCUAUAUCUAGCUAUGAGUCCCGAUGGCCGAGUCGUCGUCACAGGUGCCGGCGACGAGACAUUACGAUUCUGGAACGUAUUUGGACGGAAGCCAGGCCAGAGAGAAGAAGGCGACGCAGGGGGUGGUGGUAAGCUGGGCGAUUGGGGUGUAAUUAGGUGA